GAGACGCGCGUGAAUGUGUCUGCUAAUGUGACCGGAUUCAAUACGAGAGAGAGAGACAUGUGUGUUGUUUAACAGUUGAUUUCUUCAGCGUUUGUUAUUUUAUUAUUAAAAAUAAUCAGGUAUUGAACCGAUGGCCCUCGGCUCACCAACCUCCCCUAAGGCCGGGGCUCAGUUUUUACCAGGUUUUCUGAUGGGUGACCUGCCUGCACCAGUCACACCUCAACCCAGAUCUUUUGGGUUGACAGGAGUUGGGGCAGAAACGAAGUCUCCUCUGCUGGCUGGUGGGUCUCCUCCACAGCUCGUUGUGCCAACACCCAAAGACAAGAGUGGAGCACCUCCUGUCAGAAGCAUUUAUGAUGACUUCAACUGCUCUGGUGGUGUGGGAAUGUCACCUCUUGCUGCUGGCAAACAACCAUUUGCUGGAGUGAAUACACCAUUUUCUGGGCUACCAGGGACACCAGGAACCGCUUCUAAUCUGUUUAGUCCUCUGGGACAACAGAGGAAGACAACACUCUCCCCAGCUCAAGUCGAUCCCUUCUUCACACAAGGAGAUACUUUGUCCUCUGAAGACCAGCUGGAUGACACUUGGGUCACCGUGUUUGGGUUUCCACCAGCAUCUGCUUCAUACAUCCUUUUACAGUUUGCACAGUAUGGAAACAUAUUAAAACAUGUAAUGUCUAAUACAGGCAAUUGGAUGCACAUUCAAUAUCAGUCUAAACUACAGGCACGAAAAGCUCUUAGUAAAGAUGGCAAGAUAUUUGGAGAAGCCAUAAUGAUUGGAGUAAAACCAUGUAUCGAUAAGAGUGUAAUGGAGGGCUCAGACAAAGCCAGCACUUCAAGUUCAGUGUUCACACCCCCAUUAAAGGCUUACGGAACCCCCAGUCACCCUGUUUCAACUCCUCGGUCUGUCAUGAGACCACUCAGUGCAGCUUACAAAGCAUCCAGUAGUGACUACCAGGUUGUGUCAGAUCAACAGACACCAAAAAAGGAUGACAGUUUUGUAUCAAAAGCGAUGGAGUACAUGUUUGGAUGGUAACUGUUCGCUCACGGGUCCUGAUGAAAAGCUCUGAAACCAUCAACAAGCCUCACUUGUGUUGACUUUGGGUUUUGGAGUGAAUGCAAGAGCACUUUAUCUCUAUGAUUAAUUGACUUUGCGUGCUGUAUUAUGGUAGAUGCACUCUUGAGUGUUUCACAUGGAUUUCAGCUGAUUUCAGCUGCUGUGUUUGGUUUGUAUCAGCCUUCCCUAAACAGGCCUCAAAAUCAUACAAUUGAACGAUGAACUGCUGAGCAUUGAGUGUGCCUGAUCCUAUCAAAACAUGCAAUCUGCCAGAAAUCUUUAUGCUAGAAAUAGAUCUAUCUGUACAAAAUCUUGACUUCUGAUUUUCAUAGUAUGUGGUUAUGGUCUGCUUUAUGGGUUAUGUAGAAGAAUGAAAGAGAUUGGGUAACACCUUUUGCGUUAUGAGAUCAAGGAUUUAAUCUUCAUUAGGUUAUACCUCUUGUUUUUAGGUUAUUGUGGGUUUUCACUAAUUUAUCAAUUGUUUUAAUGAAACGGGAAAUGCAUUUUUAGAAAUUCUUUAAUAAACACGCUGUGUGA